UUCCUCCAGCCUGGCCUGGCCUGGCCAUGCAUCCAAGAGGAAGUUCCCAGGCCUAGCUGGGGCCCCCACCGCCCCAGUCUUCCUCCUGCCGCUCCUUUAAAUGCGCCUGGGCUCUCAGGCCACCAACCGUCCGCUGCCUACCUGCCACCAACCGCCACCAUGCGCUCUCUCCUCAGCCUUGCCCUCGGCCUGCUCGCCCUGGAGGCGGCCCUGGCGCUGGACCUGGACCUGGCCUCCUUCUCGUCAGCUGAGGCCAUGUGCCCCAAGUCCAGCGCCUCCGAGGAGAUGUCCUGUGCCCAAGAGCAGACCUGCAUCACCAGUGAGGACUGCUUCGGUAACCUUGUGUGCUGCCCCAGCGCCUGCGGCCGCUCCUGCAGAACCCCCAUCUACGAUACCCAGAAAACACGCAGCUGCCCCUGGGUGCAGACUGCCCUGGCCCCUGAGCUGUGUGAGGCACGGAACGAAUGCAUCAAACACAGGGACUGUCAGGCAGACAAGAGGUGUUGUUUUGACGGGUGCGCCCUGCAGUGUGUGAACCCCGAUGCAGAGAGCCCCCUGCAGUGAGAGGCCCACCCGGGGCCCCCCGCCUGCCCAGAGUGACCAGCACACGGCUGCUCAGCGAGAACCUCCCCUCCUGGGUCCAGACAGCGUGUGAUGCCUCCCACGAGUUGCUAAUAAAAAUCCAUUUGGCUUUA